AGCUGUGUACAUACUGGAAGCACUUCACUCCUUGCACAUUGCUUUGUAGUUGAUGUCUCGUGGCCAUUCCCCCUCUGGCUUCCGAGCACUCCUCCUCCUGCUCUCCUGACUGAAUGCUGCUGCCUGAGCCCGGCCCCUCCUCAGCUCGAGGAGCUGCUUUUACUCACUCAAGCACCAAGGGACACAGGAAUCAUGACUCUGCUAUAGAGGGCAGCCUCUACGCAAGCUCCUCCAACAACAGACACAUUUCCCACAGCUGAUCUUCAAGGCAGAAUACAUCAUGAAGAAUCUCUAAGGACCUUUUCUUUCGUCUUUCCUCUGUGAAACUCACCUUUAAGUUUUCUGAAAUUCAAAAUUUGUUACGAAAGAUGAGUGUGAAAAAAAAGGCUGCACUUGUCAUCAGCUGGCAGAAGUCAUUUUCCAUCAUGGCCCCUUGGAGGAAAGGUAAAGGAGACAGUAAAAACACAUUACUGGACAGUGAGGUUGUCCUGACAAAAAUGAAGCUUUUCAGCAACUUCCAUGAAAGUCUUCUGAGGGCUGAUGACGCCGUGUCCACCAUUUCCACAGUGUCAGUUAUUGACCAGGAAAACUCACACUCCGAGCUGAAUUCUCAGCUUAAUGAAAAGCCUCAGAUCAAGUCUGGCUCCAAAUAUCUAUCUGCCAUUUUGUCAGAUUCUCAUCUCUCAAACUUGUACAAGUGUGAAUCUGAGGACUCUGGAGUGGAGCUCCCCAGCGGAGCUAAUUCACCAUCCACCCCAACAGGAUCUGAGCAGAGCUUUGUGGUCCACAGUCGAGAGUCUUCCUGUGACUCCUCCAACUUAAACUCUGAGCCCACCGUCCUCUCUGACAGACUCGUUGCAGAUACAAAGAACACUGAGAAAAACCAGGCAAAUGACUCAGCGGAUAACAGUUUAAAUACAACAGUGGAUACACAGGAUAGUUUGUUCAUUCAUUCAAAUACACUUAUUUCUUCGGCUAUAACAGUAGAGUUGCACAUAGGUGAGGAUGUGGACCAAUGCAGGGUUUUGGGUGCUGAACAAAGUGAGGAUGCUGAAGAAUCCAGUGCUGUGACAGGAAGGACCAGCUCAGAGGAUACGAGGCUUGGAGAGCAAUCCUUAAUACAAAGCUGUGAUGACAUGACAAGCAAAGUCUUUGAACCCGAGCCUAUUAAAAGGAGUAUCACCAGUGACAGCCUGGAAGAGUACAUGGAUGAAUGCUGCAGAUUAAGUAAGGAACAGCAAGUGAGCUCCAGCCCACUAUCAUCAGGACUGGGUUACCUGGAGCACAUCUGUCAACUCGUUGAGAAGAUCAGCCAGAUGCAGGAGACUAACCUCCAGCUGCAGAGGCAGCUCUGCAGUCUGCAAAAGGAAUGCAGGAUGAGAAAGGCCAAAGAGGACUUCUUCAAAGACUACUGCAGCUGUGGUGCAGCCAGUUUAGCCUUCCAGGAUUUUCAGAAAACACAAUCCAGAGAUGAGUUUUCAUCACCCAGUGGAACUCUCUCAGACCUGUCAGCCAUUCCAGAGGUCACACAGCACCCACUCAUGUCGACCAGUGGAGGAGUUACAGGUGAUGCUUUAACACUCGUCCCUCCGUGGAGGAAGAGCCUAAACCAAAGGAGUUACACUGAGGGGGAGGUCCACGGGGACAGCACUGAGGGGCUCUCCAUCACUCAGCACACACUGAGUGAAAACAACACAUGGGCCAGAGUCAAAGACAUGGUAAGGAAGACUAAGUUAAGGAAUCACAGCAGGCUGGGAACAGCCUCAGCUUCACUGAAGAUGUCCUGCCCACAGCUCUACAGACCUGAUCUGGAACCAGUACAAUCAUCUGGAACAAGCAGGAACUCUAUGAUUGCCUUGGGCCACCGGAGUACACUGGACUUCCCGUGGCUUGAGUAAGGAUCCAGAAACAGCCUGUCUGAUCGGACCUCCUCGCUCCUGAGUGUAACAAGUAGUUGUAAACUUUCUGUAUUUACAUUCAUGAAGUCAUCUUUUGAUUGUAGACUUUGACAUCUGCUUCUGUGAGACUGUUGUGCUGAGCUGGCUAGUUCAGUCAUUCUUUUUCAAGAAUGUUCAAGACUUUUUAUUUGACAGCUGCUAAAAUCUGCAAUCUCUCCAGCCUAAGUAUGGCCUCUUCCACAGCAGCUCCUGUGACCUCAUAUUGAGACUUGUAGUGCACAGCUACCAAUGCAGGUUCAACAUUUCACAGCACGUCCAGUGUAACAAGAGAAUAAAACAUCAUCUGGCCAUGAAA